GAAAGUCAGACACCGCUUCCGGUGUCGCCACCUUCUUUGUCUCCGGCCCAACAUUUCGACACCAGGGGUUGUCUAUUUUUUUUCCCUUUAGGUUUGAGGAUAUAUAUACACAUAUAUCCCUAGUUUUCUGAUAUUGAAUGACAGUCGACUCUGAAAUAUUUAUGCCUAAAAAUAAAGCGCCAAAAAUGGAUGACCUGGACUACAUCCCAGUAGACCUGAGCCCAGAGGAGCGCUCUGAGCUGGAGGACAUCCGCAGGAGGAAGGGCGUCCUGCUGCAGGAGAUCCAGAGGCUCAGAGAGGAAUUAAGAGAGGCAAUUUUGGAGGUGGAGGGACUGGAGACGAGCACAGAGGGCAGUAAAACUCUCCAGAAAAGUAGGCAUGUGGCAAUGGGAAGGAAGAAAUUCAACAUGGACCCCAAAAAGGGCAUUGUGUUUCUGGUGGAAAAUGAGCUGCUCAGACACACUUCAGAGGACAUUGCUCAGUUCCUCUAUAAAGGAGAGGGCCUCAACAAGACUGCUAUUGGAGAUUACCUUGGAGAAAGGGACGACUUCAACAUCAAAGUUCUUCAGGCUUUCGUUGACCUCCAUGAGUUUACUGAUCUCAACCUUGUCCAGGCCCUCAGACAAUUCCUGUGGAGUUUCCGUUUGCCUGGUGAAGCCCAGAAGAUUGACAGAAUGAUGGAGGCCUUUGCUCAGAGAUACUGCCACUGCAACCCCGGCGUCUUCCAGAGCACUGACACAUGUUACGUGCUGUCAUUUGCCAUCAUAAUGCUGAACACAAGCCUCCACAACCCAAAUGUGAGGGACAAACCUGGUUUUGACCGUUUCAUCUCGAUGAACCGAGGCAUCAACGAGGGAGGAGACCUGCCCGAGGACCUGCUCAGAAAUCUCUACGAUAGCAUUAAAAAUGAGCCCUUCAAGAUCCCAGAGGACGACGGCAACGACCUGACACACACCUUCUUCAACCCGGACAGAGAGGGCUGGCUUCUCAAACUUGGGGGACGAGUGAAAACCUGGAAACGGCGAUGGUUUAUUCUCACAGACAACUGCCUUUAUUACUUCGAAUACACCACAGAUAAGGAACCACGAGGUAUCAUUCCCUUAGAAAACCUUAGCAUCCGUGAGGUAGAAGACCCCAGAAAACCUAACUGCUUUGAGCUGUACAUCCCCAACAACCGUGGUCAGCUGAUUAAAGCGUGUAAGACGGAGGCUGAUGGGAGAGUAGUGGAAGGAAACCACAUGGUGUACCGCAUCUCCGCCCCCACACCUGAGGAGAAGGACGAAUGGAUCCACAGCAUCAAAUCUGCUGUCAGUGUUGACCCCUUCUACGAAAUGCUCGCUGCCAGGAAGAAACGUAUAUCGCUGAAGAAGAAGGAGGAACAACCGUAGAGUAUUCCCUUCAUUCUCUCCCUGUGGCUGUCUUCCUUUGUCCUUCUCAUCCCUCCUUCCAACACUGGACAGACGUUCCAUCUUUGCUCCCUACUACCUGUUCAUAAGUUUUGUCUCCCCUCUUUCCCCCUGUUCCCCAAACGCAUCCUCUGCCUGAUAUGAGGACUCUUGCUAUCCUGUCUACCAGACUCUUGAAAGCCACAUUCAGAAUGAACCGCUCACCCACUGUCGCUGCCUCUUGUUAUCUUGGUUCUUACACUGCUGUUAUACACAACCUGACGCACUACAACCAGAGCACACCGUCUGUCCCAUGUUCUCACCACAUUCCUCUCUCCUUCAGCACUUAAUUAAGUGAACUGUGAAAUGUGUCUUAGACCAUAUCUACACUGAAGUUGGUGAUUUUCAAAAACACAUUUUUCCUGUUUUGGCCCUUCAACUACAUUUAGCCAACUUCUCAAAACUGAAGCACCCGAAUAUGGAAAAUGUGUGAAAAAUUGUUGUGAUCUCAGACGUCUGUGCGCCUUAAUUCAUUUUUGAGAAUCUUCCUUCCUUUCUCAUUCUUGCUCUGUAAACCACAAACAAAUCUUUAAAAUCAGUUGCUCAGCAGAAAUACGUAAGGCUGCGGGCUGAAGCAGCUUGUGCAUGCAUAAUAGAAGACAUUUAAUUUUUCUCUAUAUGUACGCCGGCCGGCCUUUUAGGCUACUAUCUGAAAAUGCUAGUGUGGACCGAAAUCUUCUACAUAUCUUUUUGACAUCUAUCUGCAUUAGUGUGAAUAUGGUCUUAUUUAGGGUAGCAAGCAGCUUCAGUUUGCGUGAAGUCAAAAAAAAUGUGAAUUCACUAUUCAAACACUAACAAGAUUUAUUUUCAGUUAACGUUGGUCAGGGAGGAAUCAGUUAAAGUCAAAGCUGCAAAUGAUUUCAGAUUACUGAGAUGUGCCCAUUGCUUCAUAUAGUACUCUAAUGGCUUUAACACACAUUACUUCUGUCUACACUUAGAUACUGUCAUCGUUAUGUGAGGAAAAUGGCGCUACGCGUUACUGUUCGCCAAGUAACUGUUGAUCUUCAAAUACGGUCGGGUGUUGGAGGCAGAAAGGUUGCUUUACUUGCAUAAUUAAUGAAGACCCAUAUGGGCCGUUUCUCUCCGUCCAGAUGGCUGCUUGUUUCAUCUCACUGAGACAAUAUAUAUGUUCUUUAGUCUUCAGACUGUAGGCUUGUCUUCAAAUUCUUUAUAACACUAUAUUGAGCAAUGAUCAUCAUGUCCUCUCCGAUGUAAUGUUCUAGCAUGCCACAAAUCAUUUCCUUCUUGCUCAACACUACAAGACGAACAUUGACGUCUCUCUCACAAGUAUUAACGCUGUCAGACAUUUAACUGUUAGAGCCUGGUCUGCUCGCUAUAUAUAGUGAGUUUCAAGAAAUCACAAAGGCAGCUCAUUACAAUGUAUACUUUUGUAAAUAGAUUUUAGCUUAUUUGUUUAUGAUACACAUAGAAAUGAUUUAAUUUAUUCUUUAUCUUUUGUUAAAAUCUGAUUUUUGUACGAGCUACUGUAGGGCUGCAUGUUGAUAAACUGAGGGCGUCAGUCGUAGGUACUGAUGCUUUCCUGAUCAUAUUAGUGCACUGAUUUGAAAAGUGUUAGUGUUCCCUGUUGACAUUGAAAAAUAGCAUUUAAUAUUAAAGUUGAUUUAUGCAUAGGGUAAAUUGUCUUAAUCAUAGUUUCUUUGGAAAAAAUGAAGAUAUUUAGUUACUAGUUUGGCUUAUCUCUUGACCACACUGUUGGUUUCUGGAGUAAAACAGACUCGGUAAAGCACAAGCAGUAAUGAGUCUCACACUCUUUUAUUUUCAUUGGCUGCCCAGUGUCCACCUGAAGUGUGAGGAAGCUGACAUUGUCUAUCCUACCACAGUGAUAGAGAUGAAGAGACAACAAAACAAGGAACACUAACAAAGCUUUGAUUCAUUAUAUAAUAGUAAAAUUAUUGAGAUGUAAUGAAUCAGUAACAAGUUUAGAUUUGUGUCCAGUGAUAGAUUUGCUUGACAUCCAGUUCAUGAACAUAUUACUAGUAGUUUAUUGAAUUGGCAUUUUUUUAGCUGGUAGUAAAAAUGAAUUGUCUACUGCACUUUAUCAAUUUUAGCAUUUUGGAGAAAAUGCUGUUACUUUGACUGACAAUAGUCCAAUACUAUGUAGCACCCUCUACUGGUGAUCUCACAAACUGCAAUAUGCUGAAGGGUGAACCAUGAACUGUGUAGAUGUACUGUAUAAUGCCGCCACCUGGUCAGUGCCAGCUACAGCAGUUUCUGACCAACAUGUUCUGUAUUUGUUCACCUGAUAAAGAUCAUGUUGUUUGAAGCUGAAUGGGGUCUUUUCUCUGUGAUCAGAACAUGCAGACCUUGUUUUAAAGACACAGCAAGUGGUCGGUACUUAAAAUACAGAUCUAGGAUUAACUUUUACUCUUCUUCAUCAAACUGACAAAGGCCUAACUUUAUACCUCCAUGGUAGUGCGUCUAUACAACACAUGGACUGUCUGUAGGCCUUCACUUUCUGGGUAUUCUUGAAGUGCAAAGUUGCCAAAAACUGUUGGGACAACAGAUGUUUCCAUUAAAACAAAAGAAUGAACACUGAAACAAUGCUACUGAAGCUGGGCCUCUGUUUCUGAUUCCACUUCUUUCAGAAAAUGUGUUUAUUUUGUAUUUAUUUAUUUUUGUUUACUGUGAGGUGAAGAUGGAUAGAUCAUCUGUAAAUGUAGCAAAAAGAAAACCACGAUACAUUGGUACCAGUAAACUACUGUGUAACAAUAAAAGGUAAACGGAUGAUA